AUGUCGAAAUCUAAAUAUGAUUUAAUCGUUAGAACUAGAUAUCAGAAUCAGAUUCCUGCACCUAAAUUUGGUCCUAAAUUGAUCAAUAUCGAACCAAAUUUACAAAGACUGGGUGACUACAACUUCACAGCGGAUUUGGUCGCGGAGCAGCCACAUGCAAUGCUCGCCGAUGCUGAAUCUGGUAUGCCCCUACAGCUACAACACUUUGCUGAGUUAUGGGAUGAUCACGAUGAGGAUGACGAGCAUAUUCAUCUCAAUCCAGAAGCUGACGUCGAAUUGGAUGACGAUGACUUGGCCUUAUUGGUUGAUCCUGCCGAUGUUUCUCUGCGUGGUAAUACCACUCUUAAUUCUGGCACUACCACACCAGAUAAACCCUCUCAAGCUUCAAAUAAGGCGUGGUUGUAUAAAUCCAAAUACUCAAACUUAAACGCUUCAGAAGUUAAUGAAAAGCGUACCAACUACUCUAAAGCUGCUCUCUCACGAAAGCAAUCUUCUGACGUUAGAGUAUACGAUGAUACUCCCGAAGGCCGAGCACAAGAGAUUGAGUCAACUUUCCAGUGGGACACACGUCAACCAUCGUCACAAGAGUUGUCUGAAAUCACACACCCUCAAAAGAAACAUCUCAAAGCUGUUGAUACCUACGACUUUUUACCUGACUUUGAAACCUUUGCCAACGAUUAUUUCCUUAUGCGAUUUGCUGAUGAUCCUUCUGAUCGUACAACAUCCUCUGAUCAUCGUUUACACAAUGGUAUACUAAGACCAAGAUACGCAGAUAAUGGUGAAACUUGGUUGCAGUACUAUUUGCCUGAAAGUGAUGAACAGUAUGCACUUCUCAGAUCUAAAUUUGAAGCAGAAACCUUACCUGAAGAUGUCGAUGAACAGCAAAGAGUUAUAUUCAAUUAUAUUAGAGAAUACAAUGUCACGAAUGAGCAGAAAGAUACCAAUGAUAUACUUCUCAUGUUUGAUAAUGGUGACAGUAAACCACCUGGAUCUACAGUAAUCAAUCCCUCACUUGCAUCUGCCAGACCGCGUGGAAAGGGUGUUUAUUACAAGCAUAUGCCGACGAGAAUGACAUUGAAGAAGCGUAGACCUAAGGAUGAAGAAGAUGAAGACAUGUGGGACAAGAUUCAACUCGGAUUAGAACCUCUCAACGAAGAAGAGGUUAGUGAAAGGAUGGCAAUUGACGAUUACUUUAUGCCAGCUGGACCACAAAGAGCCAAAGAGAAGAAGGAGGAACAGAGGCAGAUGGAAGAUGCAGCCAAGGAGGAGGAGAAGCUGCGCAUAAAAUCUGAGAAAAUACAGCACAAGCAGGAUCUCGAAAAGGAGCGCAAGGCAGCAAUGGAAGAGCAGAUAAGGAGGGAGGAGGAAGAUAAGAUUGGAGUUAAUGCUUCCAAGUCUGACGAAAGCGAGGAUGAAGAAUUUGGUGAUAAAGAAGAGGAAGAUGAGGAUAAGGAUGGUGAUGAGAGCAAAGGUAACAAUAACAGCAAAGAGAAGGAAGUGCCUCGGUCGUCUCCUCCUGGAAGUGACGAUGGCGAGCACGAUAAUGUGACUAGUGAGGCGGCUAGUAAGGAGAUAGAUGAGGCAAUUAGGAGAGAGAUAGAUCAGAGGCAAACAGGUAAUGAUAACAGAGAUGUAAAUAUGAGGUCCGCUUCACCGCCGACAGAUGGAGAUAAGCCGGAAUCAAAGGGUAGUGGGCAGCCUGAAGACGCUCAAGAGGCUCAAGAAGCUCAAGAAACAUCUGCAUCGUCUGCACCCCCAGCCACUAACACCGAGACAUCUCCCGGCGGUGAAAAAGCCGAGUGA